AAUAAACUCGGGGGGGUCAAACUGAAAAUAUGUUGUAGCUUGUCCGCCGGCCAGGCCCAAAUGUAACCCUCACGUUACGUUGGCCGUUGGCGUGACCACCUCAACAUCUCCAGAGAGCACCAGCCGAGCUUCCAAUGGAGCAAUCCCGAGUAUCGAGUCCCAGCACCACCAACAUCGUUCUAUAGCCGAAUCGAGGAAGAAGAAGAAGAAGAGCAUAGACAUCGAUGAACGGUCGUCCUUGUCCGCUGUAGAGGAGAUCCCCUCCGAUCUCAAACCCCGGCGGCCCAUUGGACUCGAUCCGGCACCCAAGCAGAUAACAACCAACCUGUCACUCCUAUUCCUAACAAUUCUCUUUUGCCAACUUAUUUGAUCCAGCAGUUGCUCGCGUCUAAGAUUCCAAAGGGAACCACACGAUAGGAGGAGAAGCUACCUCGGCUCCUAGUUUUUGCUGUGCAAGUAUUGGCGACAGAGCAAGUGGGAGAUUUGCCCAUGUGCGGAACUCUUCUAGUAUCCAAAGUCUCUUUUCAGAGCGUGGACCUUCUAUUAAUUCCUCUUCUUCUCCUCCAAUGCAAAAUGAGCAUUCCUUUGCAGGCUGCACCAUUGCUUGUUGACUUUCAUAUUACCUCAUUCUUAUCCUUUAUAUAACUUUGCUAGUGAGGUUAUGAAAAUGGGAGGAAGAAAUUAUAGAGUAUGGUGGCCUCAGCAGCUCUUGACCUCCACCUCCAGUUCUGGCCUGUUUCUCUUUGGUUGGUUUAUGGAUUCUGUUGAUUCUAUUGACAUUGUCAUAGCAGCUGCAAUUUCUUCAGCUAAAAUUUUAACCCAUCCUUUUCAGACUAAUCUUGAGGAAAUCUUGGUGUCUGCCAAUCAAAAGAUGCCAUUAAGACUGGAGUCUUUCACAUUUUCUCUUCUGGGAUAUUGCUUAACUGAUGGCGGUAAAUUAAGACCAGUAUGUAGUCAGAAUGGUGGACUUCCUUUCAGGAAACAGUUCAAUGAUGAAUGCUAUAAAGAACUGAAAGCUUGUCAAAAUAAUGGAAAAUGGCACUGUGAUUGCAUGAAUUUCAUAGAACCUUACUUCCUGUCUUCAUUGGGAUGCAAUAACUGGAUUUUUAUGCUGCUAUGUAAACCCCAAAGAAUCCUGUACAAGAGGAAUCAACAGAUUCCAUAUCUACAUCAUGUCCAUCACAAUGGUGAUAUAGUGACCCCUGUUGAUUUCCACAUAAUAGUAUAUGAAGUCCCAACCUUUGGUGUAAGUCAUGUCUCUAUGAGUUCUUGGCAUGCUCCUGAGAAUAUUGAUUUGCUGUCAAAGAAGCCAAAAUGGGUGAAGGAAAUAUACAAGAAGCCUGUAGUCGAUAAUUUUGAGACAGUUCUUUUGGCACUCAAUUGUUCAAAUUCUGCCAAAACAUUCUUGGAGCAAGUGGAAAACACUCUUAGUCCCAUGACCGGCAUCUUCUUUGUGUCAAAAAUGCUGAGAGUGGCAUUCAUCAUAUGGCACAUGGUGGCUGCAAUUGUAGCUUCUAUCUCCACAAUUAUAUACAUAUUCCUUCAAUUCUUACAUAAACCCUUGACUCAUGGUUCCAUCUGGUUUAUAUUAUCAAAGAUAUUCACACAUACAUCCAAGAAUGUGCACAUUCGUAGCUGUCAGUUUCUGUAUUGGCCAGUUACUCUUCAAGCUCCCGGUACCAGCAUUUCCCACUCGAGUGUUGAAUAUUCUCACAAAGCUGCAUUAAGGAAGCACUUCAUUUGGUCUAAUGUUUUGAUGGAUGUUACCUUGGGGAUUGUUCUUGGAAUCCUAUUGUUGGCUAAUUCUGAAACUAUCUGUUCAUGGAUUUCGGUUAUUGUUCAUCAAAUAACUAAUGACCUGUUGCGCUCAGGUUCUGUAUGGUUAAUGGGUGUCCCAGCUGGUUUUAAGCUGAAUAAUGAGCAAGCGGAGUUUAUCGGCAUAAUUUCUCUCAAUACAAUUCAAAUUUUCUCUACCCUAUGGUCCUUUAUUGAUGUUUUUUUGCGGUAUUAUAUUUUGGUUCUUGCACUGUUGGGGAUAGUUUUUGGCCUGACUAUACCAGUGGCCUUGUGCAUUGAUAUCCUUAAACUGGCAACAUUUCAUAUUUGUAUUCUGCACCACAUGAUAUCUUUUCUCUAUUCGCAGCAGAUUCAGGCUUUAGCUUCUUUAUGGCGUCUAUUCCGUGGACAGAAGCGCAAUCCGCUUCGACAACGCUUGGAUAGUUAUGACUACACGGUUGAGCAACAUGUUGUUGGUUCUCUUUUGUUUACACCGCUUCUGUUGCUUAUUCCAACCACUUCUGUCUUCUACAUUUUCCUCACCAGUUUGAUAACAACCAUUAUUUUCCUGUCCAUUAUAUUUGAGAUUAUUAUUUCAAUGCUUCACGCUACUCCCUAUGCCGAGGUGUGGAUUUGGAUCAUGAGUAGAAGGAAGUUUCCCUCUGGAAUAUGGUUUGAAGUCUUAGAUUUUGGUAAUGGAAUUACUGAUGAAUUUUAUUCACAGCCUUGUUUCGAUGGAAGGCAGGGUGAUAGCUUUGGUGGUGGGGAAUCGGGCUUUUUAGUUUCACAACUUUGCUGUAAUUAUGCUACAAUAGGACAAGUUAUUCUACCUUGCUACAUUGGUGUAUUCAAUGGGGUUACUCCAUCCUUUUUUACAUCGCUGGCACAUGGACUUCUCAGCGGUCAAAGAUUCCCAUCGACAUUAGGUACUCGUUUGCCUUCUACAAUGCCCUGGAUGCAAAUUACCUGCAAGGAAUAUUGGAAGCUAUGCUACACUGCAGUCCUUUCAUGUAGAUUGUGAUAUUUCAACCUCAAAAAAUCAGCAACAUAACGAAUCUUGCUACAACCAAAACGUGUCGGGUUCUGCCAUCGAUCGAAUAUUUAUUUAUUCUUUUAGACUAGUCUUUGAUAUUUCCUUUGUUGUUUUUUUACACUGAACUGCUUACCAAUGUCUUUGCUCUUGACAAUGUGUUUCCUUUGUAGCUGAAUUUUAACAUCAGAGUUUGAUAUCAUUAGCAUGUGGUUGUCUUGGUUACGAUAUGCUAAUUGUGUUAUUUGAUA